AUGCAGAGUCAGGACGUGUUUGGGGGAUAUGGCAGCCGAUUCGCUUCUUCAAAAUUCGGGACCGAUAAUACAGGCUUCAGUCAUGGCGCGUACAAUUCGAACCACACAAGCUAUCCUCCAUUCGCCGAUCGCAACCUGAGAAAGCCUACCGUUCCUUCGAUAGCUACGGCUACCAAAGACCAACAACAUAGUUAUAAUAUGAACGAGCAGACACCAGCUACAGCGUUUGAUAUGAAUUUCACGCCCUUGUUGCCUUCUCAGCUCUUGCUGGGCAGCCCCUUUCAGCCAGGUUCUCCUGGUUCCUUUGCUUCUCCGCAGUUUCCGACCUUCAAUCGUUUUGCUCCGGGAACAAAUGCUCUUCAUGCACAAACCCAGCAGUAUCAACAAAAUCAACAUGUUCAGGCGCAGCUGGCCAGUCCUACCCAGCACAAUGCCAACCCGCUCUCGCCGCAGGCGUAUCAGACCGUCAUGUCGCCCGAAAGCUAUACGGCACAAUCCCCCACCGGAUUCAGUGGCCUGGGCGGUGCAGCAUUCGGACAUUACCAACCCAUGGUGGGCAUGGGCAAUUCAUGGAUGACUGGCACGAGCCGCACAGUCUACUUGGGAAAUAUUCCAGCGGAUACUUCUGCUGAGGAGAUCUUGAGCCACGUUAGGAGUGGGCAAAUCGAAUCCGUGAGGCUAUUACCCGAAAAAAACUGUGCGUUUAUUUCGUUCCUAGAUAGCAGCUCCGCGACCCACUUUCAUUCGGAUGCCAUCCUGAAAAAGUUGUCAAUCAAGGGCCACGACAUCAAGAUUGGUUGGGGGAAGCCGUCCCAGGUGCCUACUUCUGUGGCUCUCGCUGUGCAACAAUCGGGUGCCUCGAGGAAUGUCUAUCUGGGCAACCUUCCCGAGGACAUCACUGAACAUGAGAUUCGAGAGGACUUGGGCAAGUUUGGGCCCAUUGAUACCAUCAAAAUGGUUCGCGAGAAAGCAAUCGGUUUUGUCCAUUUCCUCUCCAUUAGCAAUGCCGUCAAGGCCGUGGCUCAGCUCCCACAAGAUCCCAAAUGGGGCCCUCCCCGUCGGGUCUAUUACGGCAAGGACAGGUGUGCCUACGUUUCCAAGACGCAGCAACAGAAUGCAGCACAAUACCUGGGUAUCGCUCCUGGUUAUGCCCAUGUUCUCAACGGCGCCGACCGCGAUUUAAUAUCCAAUGCCCUUGCACAACAGUCGGUAGCGGCAGCUGCUGUAGCUACUACCGCAGGCGGUGUCAAUAAUCUUGGAAACCGAACCGUCUAUCUUGGAAACAUUCACCCUGAGACCACUAUCGAGGAGAUUUGCAAUGUUGUCCGCGGAGGGCUACUCCACCACAUCCGAUAUAUCCCGGACAAGCAUAUUUGCUUUGUCACGUUCAUCGACCCUACGUCUGCGGCGUCUUUCUAUGCACUGAGCAAUCUUCAGGGGCUAAUGAUUCACAAUCGGCGCUUGAAGAUCGGCUGGGGAAAACACUCAGGAGCUCUCCCACCCGCCAUUGCUUUGGCUGUGAGCGGAGGAGCCUCUCGGAACGUGUAUAUCGGUAAUCUUGACGAGAGCUGGAGCGAAGAGCGACUACGACAAGACUUUUCCGAAUAUGGCGAAAUCGAGUUGGUGAACACUCUGCGGGAGAAAAGCUGUGCCUUUGUCAACUUCACCAAUAUUGCCAAUGCCAUCAAGGCUAUUGAAGCUGUCCGUCAACGUGAAGAAUACAAGCGAUUCAAGAUCAACUUUGGCAAAGAUCGGUGCGGCAAUCCUCCACGUCAGAACCUGAACAAUGUCAAUGGCAGUCAACCGCGUCUCCAGAGUUCCCUUGACAGCGCUGGUUCUCCAGCUGCGAUGAACGGAUUUGACCAUGCUGUCUCGCAGUCGGGCUCUAGCCCCACGAGGUCAACUAUUCCAACAGGUCCGAAGGCUUCGUUGGGACCGCAGUCUCAAGUCGCCCCUCGUCAACCAAACAUGACUGCGCCAACACCGUCAGCCAUUCUGAAUGCAGGCAGCAACAAUCCCUUGACAAUGUAUCUGUCACAUGUGUCACAACAGCAAGCUCAAGCUGAACAGGAUUUGCGGGAUGACUCUUUGACGUUUGCCCAGCUCCAGCAGCAACAGAAUCAAGCUUUGGCAAAUCAACAGGCAGCACUGUACGGUGAGAUGCCGAACGGGCACAGCGGAUUGGACAUACCAGCUUCGUCCCACAUUCCUCGGCAGAGCAGCAUCAGCGGCGGGUUCGGUUCGAGCUCUUUGAGCAAUGGGGCGUCCACCACUGUUGGAGGGCUCCUGGCGCCUACGAACACUGGACUGGGGGCGAGCAGGAGCGCCCAUUCUCGAGCAGUAUCGCUCCCAGCGUUCUCGCAAGAGCUCUUUGGCGGCCAGCAGUCUGGACAACCAGGUCCGUCGUCGUCGCGGGGCUUUGGUGGGCAUGCGCCACAGGGCAGCUUUGGUGGGUUUGGAUCGGUUUUUGGCACUGGCUUCGGGACCAGUGGGUUUAAUGGACUGGGACUUACGAGCGAUAGCCGUGGAGGACUCUCCGGCUGGGCUGAGGAGGAAAUUGGGGCAAAAUAA